AUGGAUCAAUCGGAAAGGGAAACUGCAAAGCUUUGGAGGGUUCAUAAAACGAUCCACCAUAUGGUCCAUGACAGGGGAUACAUAGUAAGCCAAUCCGAGUUGGACAUGUCUUUACAAGAUUUCACACACACCUUUGGCCGUGGAGGGAUCGUCACAGAGUAUGCAUUGAAGCUGUUUACUUACUUUAGCCGUUCGGCCUUGACAUUUUUGGUGCAAAAAAAAGAGAAUUCAUCGGAUCAACUGUUUAUCUUUUUCCCAGACGACCUUUCUGUUGGUGUAAAGCCGAUCCGCAUAUAUUGCGAAAAGAUGGUUGAACAGGGUGUCUUCAAGGCCAUCAUCAUUUACAGAAAUUCGCUGACGCCCUCUGCCGAAAAGGUGAUGCAGCAAAUGGCGCCCAAAUACAUUCUCGAGCAGUUUAAAGAGACAGAGCUCCUUGUAAACAUUACUGAGCAUCAAUUGGUUCCCCCUCAUAUUCUUCUCAACGAUGACGAAAGAAAAGAGCUUUUGGACAAAUACCGCCUCAAAGAUACCCAGCUCCCUCGCAUCUUGUCUUCGGACCCGGUCUCAAGAUACUAUGGGUUUAGAAGGGGCCAAGUUAUUAAAAUUAUUCGCACCUCCGAGACAGCAGGCCGCUACGUUACUUACCGACUGGUGUCUAAAAUGAUUAUGCCACAUAGUUUGAGGGAAACACGCCCUGACAGUCGUUGCAGCGACCUAUGA